UACCAUCAGUUGGCGUAUGAUAACAAUAAACAACCCUGAAACAAGAGAAACGCACCAACAGGACCUGCUGCUCCAAUUCGACAGAAACGUACCGAAAAUAUGAGCCGAGACAGCUACAGACAGUUGGAGUAACGUCUCGUCAAGUAGCAGGGGAGUCUCAUCGGUCCUGACGCAAAGGAUUUUCGAUUUUUUGUGUCAAGCCUAGGGGAGAACUUACGUAGAAGAAGUUACGGUCUACCCUUCCUUAGCCCCAUGUAGCUAGCUGUGGCUCAUUCCUUGUUUUUGCAUACUUUGUGUUAGUCUGUUAUGCAGUUGCCAGAGGACUGUACUCGCACUCGUUCUCCUUCGCCACCUCUUUGCUCCCUCUCCCCGCUCUCUCUGGCCAUAUGUCUCGCUGGCUUUUCCCCUGGUCAGGCUCAAUCAAGAAGCGGGCCUGUCGGUACCUCUUACAGCAUUACCUCGGUCACUUUCUGCAGGAACGACUGAGCUUGGACCAGCUGGGCUUGGACCUCUACAACGGCAGCGGUGUCAUCAAGGAAAUCAACCUCGAUGUCUGGGCGGUCAAUGAGCUUUUGGAGUCUCUUGGAGCUCCUCUGGAGAUAGUGGAUGGCUUUGUGAACAGCAUAGCAGUGACCAUCCCCUGGCAAGCUCUCCUGACUGAUCACUGCACCUUAGAAGUUUCUGGUCUUCAGAUAACAUGUCGACCCAAGUACCGGACCAGUGGGGGUUGGGACUCCCAAGGCUGGUCAUCAAGCAUGACCUCCAGCAUGCAGCUGGCUCAGGAGUGCCUGAAGGACCCCCCGGAGGCGUCCGAGGAGCCACCUGCCCAGCUGGAGGGGCUUGAGAUGUUUGCACAAACCAUUGAGACGGUCCUUCGUCGUAUUAAAGUCACCUUCAUAGACACUAUUGUUCGCAUCGAGCACCAGCCCCUGGACCUGGAAACAGGCGUUGCCUUAGAGGUGCACAUCAAACGGCUGGAAUACUUUGACGAGGCAGUGCGAGAUCCAGCCAGCCAGACUGCCGUGCCUGUCGACAUCCACCAGCCGCCCGCCUUCCUGCACAAGAUCCUCCAGCUGAGCGCGGUUCAGCUGUUCUACGACAGCAUCGGCACAGUUCAGGGGCCUCAUGAAGAGGAACCCCCUGAAUCAGCCACGGCAAGUGAAGUAGAAGAGGAGGAGGAGGUGGAGGAUGAUGAAGAAGAAGAAGAAGAAGAAGAUGAUGAUGAGGAGGAGGAGGCGGAGGAGGAGGAGGAAGAGGAAGAAGAGGCAAAGCCCCUGACAUCCCCUCCCUGUCCUGCAUCUCAGCCACUGCUCAUAGGAAGUUGCUCCGGUUUCAUUGAGACCACCGUCAAGAUCAAACAGAACGACAUGUUGCCUGGACCAAAGUUGGAGUUGGAUGGGAAGGUGGGCUGUGUCCACUUGCUGCUUUCUCCAGAUCAAAUAACCCAUCUGACAGACCUGCUGGCAGCCCUUUGCAUAGACACUGAGACAGAGACUAAGUGUGGUGGAGCAUUCAGUCGUCCGUUAGACUCAGACGACCUGCGUUUGAUUGAGGAGGACCUCGGUAAGCAGCUAGGCUCCAGUCCCAGAGACGAGGAGUGGGAUACUGAGCCCGACCUAGAGCCCUACAUUACCGGCCUGGAGAAUGGAGAAAUGUUUUUCUCCAUGGGUCCCACUGGAAUGACCAGUAGCAUGACGUCUGUGCGCUCCGGCAGCGAGUUGUCAGACAGUGAUAUGGAGUCCUCCACACACAGUUUGGCUAGCUUCACACAGCCUGCACCAUUGUCUGCACAGGGCAUGAUGAACUGUCCCAGGAGGUAUCCUGUAGCAGGCAGGUUGUCGAGUCUACCACAGGCAAGCGGCCGGACCAGAGGACGCUCACACAGCGGCCAGGCAGAGCAGCUGAAGCCCGAUGCUUUGUUGCGUCUGACGCUUGGUGGGCUCACCCUAACCCUGCUGCAGGAGGACCCACCCUCUAAGCCAGACGGAGCCUCGUCAUUGGCUCAGGUGUCUCAGGUGUUCUUCCGGGAGCUGGCCUUCUUCAAGGACAGCAUGUUUAGUGAGAGAGACUUCCACCGUCUGAGAGGCGGCUUUGCCAAGGCCUGCCCACACUCCCAUCUCAGAGUGACAGGAGCAGCCGUGCAGGUUGCUUGUGAGAUGCGGAGCGGGAUACGCCACAGUCGGGCCAUGACCUCUGACCUUUCCUUCAGCAGAUUGGAGCUGUUAGAGUGCCUCUGGGAGGACGGAAAGCCUCAGUACAGUGAGUUGCUUCAGUUCCAGAAAGCUGGUCUGUUCACAGUUGGAGCUGCAGCCAGACCGUGUGCCCAACUACACUACAGCCUCACUGAAAAACACCUGCGUAAAGGUAAACAGCGGGUGGUGCGGCGGGACAGUGUAGUGUGGGUGGAGCUGGCAGAGCUGAGCGCUGAGCUGGACCUGGACAUCAUCAGUCGCCUGGGGAACCUGAGCAAAGCCUUCAGCCACUGUCCCACACAGACUGCCGGACCUGGACUCAUGCAGACCCAGAGCAGCGAGCUGUGCUCCUCCUUCACCCUUCUCUCCCCCCACGCCAUCCUCAGGCUUCGUUUCCCCAUACCCGACCUGCGGCCUCUCCCUAAGCGUCGACCUCCGACCCAGAGGGCAGUGCGGCAGGAGACCCUGGUGCUGGAGCUGACGGAGCUGGAGCUGAAGCACCAGGAGGCCCCAGACCUCCAGACCGAGAAGACUGCCCCGGGACAGCCGUGGGCUCCCUGCCUCACCCAGCUGCUGGAGGCCUCCUUCUCCGACUUGCACGGGUCAUACGAGGGCUGGGAGGGCGGCUCUUUCCCCUGUAUCAAAGUGAAGAAGAACCAUGACUCUCCGCCGAGGAUAUCAGUACGUGUGCGUGGAGGUGAGACUCACGGCCCGGCAGCAGGUCUGGGUGGGAUGAACCUCAUCAGGGACCUGGGGGCUGCCUUCUUUGAAAGUCACUGUGAACUCAACGACAAAACCAGCUCCCCAUUUUCCUCCAACCGCACCAUGUUUGAGACUGAGGAGAUGGUGAUUCCAGCCGACCCAGAGGAGAUGCGUCAGUUUCAGGCGCAGUGUGUCGCUCAGUGUCAGUGUGCGGUGGACAUCAACCUGCCGCUGGCCUACAUCCUCCUGCCCAGCAAACAGGCCUUCCAGAGCUUCUACAACAGGAUCAAUAAUGAUCUGUUGAUGUGGGAGCCUCCUCCCCCCUCAGCCCACAGCCCCGACCACAGCCGCCAUCACCACGAUGAGUUCCAGCUCUGCAAGUCGGCCUUUAGACUUGACUCUGAUUCAGAAGAGGACGACCCUCAGUUCUACUUGGCCAGUGAUUCAUCUGGAAAGACACAGCAGUCAGCUCCCCGGCCCAACCACAACCUCAGCCUCCUCUCCCUCACUGUGAUUAUCGGCAAAGGUCGUCUCCAAGCCAGAACAGACAAGAAGGAGGACCAGAGUCAUGGGGAAAUUGUGCUCGACCUGGAAGGGGGGAAGAUAUUCAGUGUGGCACAGCACCAGAACGACCCCAAUCUCAAUUUCCUGUGUCUAGAGAGCAGACGAGUGGAGCUCUACCAUCGAGCGGUGGUGAAAGACACCCCUAUCCCACAGCGGUUGGAGAUGCCCAACUUCACUCCCCCAAAACACUUGGACCCUACCAUUUACCCCACAGAGGUGGGUGUGAGCAGUGUUGGCGGCAAAGAGGGGGAGUUACAGAUGUUGUCCACAGCCAUCAAAAUCACACUGGACCCACAGAGGAGUGUUAAGGAGUUCCUAGUUGCCCUUCGACUUCAAGGUGCCACCAUGCGACAUUACGUGACGCAGACUAAUCACAGCUGGCAUGAGCAGCUGGUUGACUUCCUGGAUGUCAUUGAUGAUCCCAUUCUGGGAUACACAGCACCUGCCGUCAUCACUGUCCUCCACACACACCUCGCUACCUGUGCUGUCGACUACAGACCUCUGUAUCUACCACUGCGCAUGUUGUUCACAGCAGAGUCCUUCUCUCUGUCCAGUAAUAUCAUUGUUGACACUGCCACCUUCCACCUCAGAUUCAUCCUGGAUGACUCUGCUCUCUACCUCUCUGACAAAUGUGAGAGCGACACCGUGGACUUGAGGAGAGACUAUGUGUGUGUUCUGGACAUUGACCUGCUGGAGCUUGCCAUCACCACAUGGAAAGGCAGCGAUACGGGCAAGCUGUCUCAGCCUCUCUUUGAGCUCCGUUGCUCCAACAAUGUGGUUCACCUUCAUACCUGUGCUGAUUCCUGCGCUGCCCUGGUCAAUCUGCUGCAGUACCUGGUCUCCCAGGGUGACCUGCACCCUCCGCCACGACACACCUCACCCACCGAAAUCGCUGGUCAGAAAUUACCGCUGUCAGAAAGUCCUGCGUCAAUGCUUCCCUGCCCUCCAGCUGAAACCGCUGAGAUCAACCAGUAUGACCUGGCUGAUGCCUUAAUUGACACAGAGAAGAGCCACCAAGAAGAGAGUUUAGAUCCAGGUUCACCCUCCAUGCCGAGGGGCUCGCCUGUCUCCGUAUACCUGUUUCCAGGUGAAGCUCAGAAGCGCAGCCCCUCCGUCCUGCAGGGUGAGGACUCUGAGCUUUAUGGACUGGUUGCCACAGCAAUGGAGGCACAGGCAGAUAUGAUGUCAGAGGAAGGCUCCGAGGGCUCCAGCGAAAAUGAUGACUUUUGCAUCUUGGAGGCUCCUGGGAUGGGCAUUUCUCCCAGGGACGGGGAGCCCGUGGUGACAGUGUUGUCUCAGGGCCCCAUCAGGGUGAAGGAGAGUCACUUCUCCAGGCCACGAGGCAGCUCAGACCUGCUCAGAGCCCCCAGCCGUUUCCCGGUGCCCCAGAGCAGGGUGGUGCUGCGGGAGAUCUCUGUGGUCUGGCAUCUCUACGGGGGCAAGGACUUUGGCAGCAAGCCCAUGUCCAUACAUGCCCAGCACACAAACAGAGGUCGUUCCGUCCCCGCUGGUGUUCGUGGGUCCCCGUCUCGCUCUGUCGCUCCCUCUCGUCCCCAGAACUCCUGGCGCUGGGCAGGAGGCAGCGGGCGUCAGCACGCACUACUGAUGGAGAUCCAGCUCACCAAGGUGUCCUUCCAGCAUGAGUCCUACUCAGUGGCAGCAGCUGGGCAGGAUGGGGAGGGGUCAGUGGCAGUCGGGGUUGGUCCCAGUGGCGAGCAGCCGCUCUCCAGGCAGGUGUUCAUUGUCCAGGAGCUGGAGGUUCGAGACCGACUGGCCUCCUCACAAAUCAACAAAUUCCUCUACCUCUACACCAGCGAGAGCAUGCCUCGCCGAGCCCACUCCAACAUGCUGACAGUGAAGGCCCUGCAGGUGUGUCCAGAGUCUGGCCUCGGUGGACCAGAGUGCUGUCUUCGAGUCAGCCUGCUGCCUCUACGACUAAACGUCGACCAGGACGCAUUGUUUUUCCUGAAGGACUUUUUCAGCAAUUUAGCUUCCUUUGUUAACCCUUACCUGCCUGUGGACCCUGCAACUGAAGUGAAGGCAGACCCCUCCCAGAAGGCCUCUGAGGAGGCGGAGUCAGCUGCUGGUCUGGGACCUGACCUCACAGCUUCUGUGGAAACUACCUUCAGCGAGCAGAGCUCCUCCUCUGCCGGCUCCACCUCCUCCUCCGACCAGCCAAUCUACUUCCGGGAGUUCCGAUUCACCUCUGAAGUGCCUAUCUGGCUGGACUAUCAGGGCAAGCAUGUCGCCAUUGAACAGGGAACGUUUGCAGGGAUUCUGAUCGGUCUGGCCCAGUUAAACUGUUCUGAGUUGAAGUUGAAGAGGCUCUGCUGCAGACACGGUCUCCUCGGUGUGGACAAAGUGAUCCAGUACGCCGUCACAGAGUGGCUGACGGACAUCAGGAAGAAUCAGCUGCCGGGCAUUCUGGGAGGUGUUGGCCCCAUGCACUCGGUUGUCCAGCUGUUCCAUGGAGUGAGGGAUCUGUUCUGGUUGCCCAUAGAGCAGUACAGGAAGGAUGGACGCAUUAUUCGAGGUCUCCAGAGGGGGGCAGCAUCCUUCGGCACCUCCACAGCAUCUGCUGCUCUGGAGCUCAGCAACAGGCUGGUGCAGGCCAUACAGGCCACAGCAGAGACGGUGUAUGACAUCCUGUCUCCAACUCCACCCCUGAACCGCUUUGCCAUCACAGAAGGCCGGGCCCCCUCGAACCGGCCCCGCAGAGCUGCUCAGCCUGCAGACCUCCGAGAAGGUGUGGCCAAGGCCUACGACACCGUCAGAGAGGGAGUGAUUGACACAGCUCAGACCUUGUGCGAUGUAGCAUCCCGCGGCCACGAACAGAAGGGUCUACCCGGCGCUGUGGGCGGCGUCCUGCGGCAGAUCCCACCCACCGUGGUCCGACCCUUAAUAGUGGCCUCUGAAGCUACUUCCAAUCUGCUCGGGGGCAUGCGGAACCAGAUCAAACCAGACGCCCGGAAGGAGGAUUUCCUGAAGUGGCGCACGGAUGAUGGCCAAGAAUGAAGACAACUUUUUUUUGUCUGUGUGAGAGAGAGAAAGUGUGUUUGUGUGUGCAAUUAUGAUUUGUGGAAGUCUCGGCUAAGGGAGAAUAUCUAGGGUUUGAAUGUGUAUUUGCAUGUGUGUAUGGACUAAUGAGAGUCAGUGUUGGCUCCAAUGCAAAAACAAAGCAACGACUAACGACUACUGCAGUUACUGACACCCAGUGUUUUGUGUGGCUCCAUCAUACGUGGACUUAACCAGAUUUAAUCAUUCUGUUUGCAUUUGGCAAGAGCUCUCCUCGUAUUCCUCCCCUCAGUAAUACACGAGUCUGCAGAUUCUCCUUACUGUCUGUGCAAACAUAUCACCUUCACUCUCAACAGUUCAUUUUCAAUCCAACCAAGGGCAGAUAGGAUUAUCACUCUCAAUGUUUACUUAUGUAUUGUGGGCACUCCAUGUACUCUGAAUUGUGCUGCUUUAACAGUUUGUAUUCUUAUUUAAAGUAAUGCUUUCUGGCACAAUUUCACUUUCUUCCAAGGUCCAUGGAGAAGAAGUAAGAGGAAGUAGGAAGUUACAACAACUUAUGUCAGAAAUUCCUUCUCUUUGUAUUCCAAUUCACCCAUCACUAGCUGCGAACAGUAUACUUUUUCAUGGGUGCAAUAUGUGAUGUGUUGUCCAGUGAUGCUCAUAGUAGGGACAGGGAGAUAUUUUAAUGAAGUGUCCUUUAUUAUUCCCUCUAGAUGGUUUUCACCCUCACUUCACAACACAACACAUUGUCAUUGGUUCAGCUUUGGUUCACCCUCCCUGCUACUGUCAAGUAUAACACAUAUUGGCUCAUAUGGAUACAUACCUGACUGAGAACAAGUUUCCUGACUAAAAAGAUAAACAGAUCACACAAAGCCUGUAAACUCCGUAGCACAUUGUAUUAUUUUAAAGUUUCACAAAGUCAAGUUAGACUUCAGUUGUCUAUAACUCCCAGACAGCUCUCCAGAUAUUAGCCGGUGGUUCUUCCUUCUGCAUUGCAGCUCAUUUGUUCUUCUGUUUCCAUCAACAGUUAAAGACUGAGAUCUGAAUAACCCUUCUCUGUCUUCAGAAUUAUUUUCUUUGCUCUCUUCUUUAGUUGCCUUCCUGCAUUUUUUUAUGUUUAUUUGUUUUUUAUUCUGUUAAAACAUUAAUUAUUGUCAUACUCGUUUUCAAAAUAAGAGUUGAAAGGAUGUGAAUCUGGUGACGAUGGAGGAUGAAAAAUUUAGUGUUUUGUGGUUAAAAAAAAAAAAAAGUUUUACAUUUUUAUCUUUUUUGUUUAAGAGUAAGGAGUCGGUGUGUGUGUGAGAAUGAGAGAGUGUGUUUGUGUGUACGUGUAAUGCAUGUCUGUGAGGGUGACAGGUUGAUGCUUGUUACAACUCUUGUGUGUAAUUACUAUUUACUAUAUCAAACUGUAUGAAUGACUUGUAUAAUAUAAAAACAAGGAGUAUACAAAAUUAAUACAAAAAAAUAAAACAUUUGAGUAUAAAAACGGAA